AUGUCUCUCAUCAGAUCUACCACCCUGGUCGGGGCCCUCGCCCUUGUCUCCAAAGUUUCGGCUCACGGCAUUGUGAGCGGUAUUGUCGCCGGUGGCCAGUGGUACUCCGGCUACAACCCGAGCUUCAAGUAUUCCAACAAUCCCCCAGUUGUCGCCGGUUGGUCCAUUCCCGACGAUGGAGACUAUGGGUUCGUCAGCGACUACACAUCUCCCGACAUCAUCUGCCACAAGGGCGCCACGCCGGGAGGCGCUUACGUGAGUGUAGCCGCCGGUGAGUCCCUGGAGCUCCAGUGGACCGUGUGGCCCGAGUCCCACCACGGGCCCAUGAUCGACUACCUCGCUUCGUGCGGCGACGACUGCACGACGGUCGACAAGAGCCAGCUCAAGUUCAACAAGAUCGACGAGGCCGGUCUCGUCAACGGCUCCCCGGCUCCCGGCAAAUGGGCGUCGGACGACAUGAUCGCCAACAACAACUCGUGGGUCGUCACCAUCCCGUCAAGCAUCGCACCGGGCAAGUACGUCCUACGCCACGAGACCAUUGCCCUACACUCAGCCUUCAACGCCGGUGGCGCCCAGAACUACCCUCAGUGCAUCAACCUCGAAAUCACCGGGUCUGGCUCGACCUCUCUCACUGGCGGCACCCUGGGCACAGAACUCUACACCGCCCAAGAUCCAGGUAUCUUGCUCAACAUCUACUACCCGGCGCUCGAAUCCUAUGACAUCCCUGGACCCCCUCUGUUCGACGGUGCUUCGUCUAGUGGUGGAUCCUCGCAGAAUUCCGCGGCGUCCGCGUCUACCUCUAUUUCUGCUGCUGUGUCUACCUCUGCGUCUGCGUCCGCCUCUACAUCAGCAUCUGCAUUGUUAACAGCAACCCCCCAUUCAUGGGGAGCCUGGUCAAACAUCACCAGCGUCCCGUCAAAGCCCAUUGCGGUCGUCUCAUCUACUUCCGCCGUCGCCGUCGAGCCUACACAUACCGAAGCCGAAGAGGAAUGCCCCUCCGAGACCGCGUCGGUCUCCUUCUCGUCCGUGCCUACCGUCACAUCUAAUGUCGCCGCCGCAGUCACUCCCGCCCCUGAUUCCACGAGCCCAGUUGCUCCUGGAACCAGUGCCGUGUCAUUCACGAGCACCAUUACCGGUCGUAUAGGCCAGACUACGAAGUUUGUCUGCUAUCUAGUGGACUAG